AUUCCAGAAAAAAAUUGCUACAGUCUGACAGUAUCUUAUAAUCUAUCAAAUCUUUACCUUGAAAUUGAAGAGCGGGCUUAUAGCAAUAUUUAGCGUUUUCAACAUUUUAAUGCUGUAGCCAUGUCUUCACCUGGGACCUAGAAUAACUGAAUAUUAAAUAAUUUCAAUUCAUCAAGUGGGCCCAGUCUAGUCUCUUGUGUCUCUGAUAAUAAUUGGACGCAAAGUAAUAAAUAGGCCAUGAUAUUGUAAGUUAGUGACAUUCUAAUAAAACUAACAUUAUCUUAUUAUUGUAUGACAUUAGACUCCUUUGUUCAAAUCUCAUAAACCUUCUCAGAAGAUUUUCUAAUCCACUUUCUCACCUUUUCAGUAAUGCCCAAUCAGGCAAUCAGUUUCGUUUUUUAUGGCUUUUCCAGAAUACCUUUUAAUUAGUGGAUAUCAUGGAGUUUUCAAGAUAAACUAUUUAUCUGAAUUAGGUUUUGUGUAGUUUAUCACACAAUUUAUUACUGUAUUUCAAAAGUUAUAACAGCUAUCUUCAGUUAUUAUCAGUGUGAUUACCUACAUAUUUAAAUCAGUAAGUGGCAAUGAAAAGAACUUCAGGGGGUGAUCAUGCGUCAUCUUCCAGCGCAUCGAGUUCAAGGCCACUGCCUUCGGUAUUGGGGACAUUUCGAGACAUGAAUGAAAAUUUUGUUUGCCCUAUAUGCUUCAAUUUAAUCGAUGAGGCUUAUAUGACACAAUGUGGACAUACAUUCUGCUACUCCUGUCUGAAGAGCAGCCUUGAACAGGGUAACAAAUGUACCAAAUGCAAUACAUUAAUCAAAAAAAAGGAUGACAUCUAUCCCAAUUUUAUGUUGAACGAUUUGAUAAAAAAGCAAAAGAAAAAAAUUGAAGAUAUAGCUGAGACAUCUAAAAAAUUAAAGAUGGAUUCCAGACUCUGGGAAUGGCAGACUUUUCUUGCUACUGAAGAGGAUGGUCUUCAACUGUCAGAUGUUGAACAUAUGCUUAAAGCUUUGCAAGAAAAAAAGCGAAAAAUGCUUCUUGAUAGUGCAGUCGUACAUAAUAAAAUCUUAUUAGAAUUUUUACAAGAUUUGGGAAAACGUAAAAAGGCUGAUCUCGACCGCUUGAAAUCUGAAUUGUCAGUUGUGGAACAAGAUAUAGAUCAAGUUCAGGAUGCUCUCGAGGAAAGCAGACAAGCUUCUGCAAGCUUACUGCAAGAAUCUGUUGUACCUGAUAAUGGUGAGAAGGUGGAAUCAUCUCAAGUGGAUAAAAAAGAACAAUUGGUACCUAAACCUUCAGCUUCAUCAACAAGUGAAGGUCCACCUUCAACAAAAGAAACCUUCAACACUCUUUCACAGUCUAGCAAGGUUCAUCAGAGCUGGUUCCUAAAGACUUUGUCAAAAAGAAGAAGAAAACUUGCUCUUCAUUUUGAUGAUUUAAAUCAGUGUUAUUUCAAUACGCGGUUAGGGGAGCUUGCACCUAAUGAAGAACGCAAUAUUGAACUUCUUGGUGAGUUCAGCAACAAUUUAAAACAGUUUACUCAAUUUUCUUCGAUACGUCCAGUAGCAACUUUAAGUUAUGCCAGUGAUGUUUUAAAUCCCUCCAAUAUUGUUUCAAGUAUUGAUUUUGAUAAAGAUUGUGAUCAUUUUGCAGUAGCUGGUGUCACAAAAAAAAUUAAAGUGUAUGACUAUGAGUCUGUUGUUAAUAAUGUGGUAGAUGGAAUUAAUUAUCCAGUUGUACAAAUGGCAUGUAAUUCUAAAAUUUCAUGUUUGAGUUGGAGUAAAUAUCAUAAAACCUGGUUGGCAAGCAGUGACUAUGAUGGUUCAGUGACACUUUGGGAUGCUUUCACUGGUCAGAGGAUUCGCAUGUUUCAAGAACAUGAAAAACGAUGCUGGAGUGUCGAUUUCAACACAGUUGAUCUUAGGCUUCUUGCAUCUGGAUCUGAUGAUGCUCAUGUUAAACUAUGGUCUACCAAUACCUCACAAUCUGUUGGUUGCAUCGAAGCGAAAGCUAAUGUCUGUUGUGUAAAAUUUAACCCAGAAUCGAGUUUUCAUUUAGUAUUUGGAUGUGCCGAUCAUUUUGUACAUUACUAUGAUAUACGAAAACCAAAUCAAUCAUUGGGAGUAUUCAAAGGCCAUAAGAAGGCUGUUUCAUAUGCUAAGUUUGUCUCAAGAAAUGACAUUGUAUCUGCUUCUACAGAUAGUGAACUAAAACUGUGGAAUGUUAACAGUCCAAAUUGUAUUCGGUCCUUCAGGGGUCACACAAAUGAAAAGAAUUUUGUUGGGCUUGCAACGGAUGGUACAUAUAUAGCUUGCGGGAGUGAAAAUAAUUCACUUUAUGUAUAUUAUAAGGGUUUAUCAAACCCUCUUCUUACCUAUAAAUUUGAUGUUGUAAAAAGUGUGCUUGAUAGAGACAAUAAGGAUGAAGAUGGGAAUGAAUUUGUAAGUGCUGUGGUUUGGAGAGAAAACAGUAAUAUAUUAACAGCGGCAAAUAGUCAAGGGACAAUAAAAAUUUUAGAGUUGGUGUAAGAUGCCAAAAUUUUAUUUUUGUUACUAGCGGAAUAAAAUUCUCUAUGAUAUUUUGUAUCUAAAUCAUCAUUUCGUUACACAAUAUGUUGCAGUAUUAAUAAACAAAUUGUUGUUUACUGAUAUAUUUGGAAACAAAGUUUCAUUUUUUCAUGGAAUAAAAGCCUCUGCCAUUUUAAUAAAGAUGAUGUGAUUUGUCAUAUGUUCAUGCCAUCCUAGUUUUUCUGUUUGUAGAAAUAUUGAAUACUAGUUGUGGGUUACUCUUGCAGCUUAAUCAAACAUGGCCAUAAUAAAUUAUAAUAAUUGUUGUACUGAUUCAGUAAGAAAUCUUAAAGCAUAUGUUGCAUGAUAUUUGAUUAAAACGCUUUUUCCAUUAUUUUACAUUGAUUAUUUUUUUAAUGCAAAUGUAUUGACUUGUUUGUAAAUUUGUCUUUUUGUUUCAUAUAAUUUAACUCCUUUACUGAAAUCAAAUAAAUUCAAGAAUCUAGUCAGGCAUAUACUUGAUAAGAAAAGCACAUAUUUAUCGCUUCACGUUUUUCCAAUCAAUUUCAAAUUUUCAGCACUUAUAUAAGCCGGUCAAAUCUCAAUACUCGUAAUGUUUGUUCACCUCAAAUUUUGCUACUUCAUUUUAAUUCAUAGAACAGUUAAUUUUCAUUCAUAGAACAGCUUUUUGUUACAUAUGGAAAGACUUUCAUAUGUCUAUGAUGUCCAUAUAUUUCAGCAUGCUCUUUUGUUAACCUAGAUAAUUAUUUUUUCUCCCAAGGAUUUGCUUCAAACUAGAUCACAUAAACUCACCCAAAAGUAAAGGAAAACCCCAGGAGAAAGUCGCAAAGAUUCAGACAUCUAGCCCUACAUUAAUAAUAAAUCUUCAAAUGUAGCACUUUUUAUAUAUGAACGUCAUAUGUUUUGUUUUUCCACUCUUGUUCCUUUGUUUAUAAAUACAUGAAUUAUUUUGUGAA